AUGACAAUGGGUGCAUCCGACGACGCGGCUUCGUCCUCAGAGACCUCCUUUCACAGCUCCUCGUCGGGCCCCAGCACCGUGCCUUUUUCCGACGAUGACGACAUGAACGAUGAGCUGGCGCGCAGCGCAGCCCUGAAAAGUCUCUCUGGCGGACACUCGGUCGACACGGUCGAGGUCACCAAACUGCGGUUGCAGCGGGAGCAGCGACUGCGACGAGUACUGUCUCAGCGUCACCUUGGUCAGCCCGAACCCGUUCCGCAGAACGCCUUCUGUUGCACCCGCGCUGCGCUGUCCGAGGAGGACACGGCCUGGCUGUACACGCUGACCAACAGGGCGUGCUUUGAGCGACUGAUGCAUGGCGUGCACUCCACUGCCAUGUCGGCGCUGGCUGGCCAGCUCGACACGGUUCUCUCGCACGCGAAUCCACUCUUUUACUUUAGCUAUCGAAUGCCCGUGAAGGUCGUCGAUAGCACCGGCGAUGCGGUCGCCACCUCCCUGCGGGAGGCACCGGCAAUGCGGCGCUGGCUGGAGGACACACCACCGAUUCUGCGCAAGCGACCUGCACCAGAGAAGGAAGAUGCGGGGCAACCAGAGCGCGACGCCGAUGGAAAGUCAGCCGCGGGUCCCUUGCAGAAGCAUCUCAAGACGUCCGCCAGCAGCUUCUCCGCAUCUUCAGGGCUCGUCGCCCAGUCGAUGAAGACGUGGGAGGCCCAUCUGGCAGCAACGCUCACCGCGGAGGGGGAGACGAUUGACACCUUCCGGCACAGCCGCGCGAAGGCGAGCUACACGGACAAGAAGAGAUUUCAAGAGAGGGCGGCGUGGCAGGAGUACGUGCGCGAGGUGCGCAUCCAAGCCCAACAGCGAGACCGCGAGAUCAGACGUGCGCUGCGCCGCGGCGAAAUGGAUGAGCCGCGAUGA